CGUGAUUAGCGCGCUCUCUGCCGUCCACCUCCAAUCACUCAUGAAUGAAAACGCCAUUUAACAUUUCCUGCGCUUGGUCUGAUUAGGACUGCGUGGGAGGGCAACGAGUCCAGUGUGUGUGUGUUUAUGUGUGUGUAUGAGAGUGUGUUUCUUCCUCGCUGCUUAAUCUCAUUGGUCGCCUUUGUCCAGGCCCCGCCUCCUCUCUCUCAAAGCCAAUAGCUGCCUCCCCCCCCACCCAUAUCUUGUUCCAAAGUUGGACCACUUUAACUCCCCCCAGCAAUGGGCAAGAGCAGCUACGAGCACUAACACACCCCACACUUACUUACACACACAUAAACACAAACACACACACUUAAACAGUUUACACUGCUGUCCUAAAAGCUGUGGUCCCAGUCCCCUCUGCCCUGCACUUUCCACUCCUCCCUGUUUCCCUUUCAUCCCAAAAAAGAAAACUCACUUCCCCCUAAUUUCCUGGGUGCUGUGUCCACUGCUGUGGCUGGACUUUCGUUUUUAGGCUUCUUUUUGGUGAAAAAUCUGGAUCUGUUGUUGUUUUUUUUCUUGCGAAGGCGAGACUGGACCUAUCCGUGUAACUGCUUUUUUCCUCUCUGGUUCAGUUUAUUUUUUUCUUUUUGGAGUAGCUGAAAUGGCUACUUUACCAGGAACCGUUCCUCGUAUGGUCCGGCCAGCACCGGGUCAGAACUACCCUCGCACCGGAUUCCCACUGGAAGUGUCGACACCCUUGGGCCAAGGCCGCGUGAAUCAGCUCGGCGGCGUUUUCAUCAACGGCAGGCCGCUGCCCAACCACAUACGCCACAAGAUCGUAGAGAUGGCGCACCACGGCAUCAGGCCCUGUGUCAUCUCCCGCCAGCUGCGCGUGUCCCACGGCUGUGUCUCUAAAAUCCUGUGCCGCUACCAAGAAACCGGCUCCAUUCGGCCAGGGGCCAUCGGGGGAAGUAAGCCUAGGCAGGUGGCCACGCCAGACGUGGAGAAAAGGAUCGAGGAAUAUAAGCGCGAGAACCCGGGAAUGUUCAGCUGGGAGAUUCGGGACAAGCUGCUGAAGGACGGGGUGUGUGACAGAGGCACGGUUCCUUCAGGUGAGGCCUCAUCUGUGAGUUCCAUUAGUCGGGUUUUGAGAGCGCGCUUUGGGAAGAAGGAUGACGAUGAUGACUGUGAUAAGAAAGAUGAAGACGGAGAGAAGAAAACGAAGCACAGCAUCGACGGGAUCCUCGGGGAUAAAGGUCACCGUACAGACGAGGGUUCGGACGUGGAGUCAGAGCCGGACCUGCCGCUGAAAAGGAAGCAGAGGCGCAGCCGCACCACCUUCACUGCUGAACAGCUGGAGGAGCUAGAGAAAGCCUUCGAGAGAACACACUACCCAGAUAUCUACACCCGAGAGGAGCUGGCCCAGAGAACCAAACUGACGGAGGCCCGUGUGCAGGUUUGGUUUAGCAACCGAAGAGCCAGAUGGCGCAAGCAGGCCGGAGCCAAUCAGCUGGCUGCUUUCAACCACCUGUUACCUGGAGGCUUCCCUCCAACUGGGAUGCCAACUUUACCAACCUAUCAGCUUCCAGAGACCACUUACCCCAGCACGACCCUUUCACAGGAUGUCAGCAGUACAUUGCAUCGACCCCAGCCACUCCCACCUUCUUCCAUGCACCAGGGUGGGCUCUCGGCCGACAGCAGCUCUGCUUACGGCCUCUCGUCCAAUCGCCACACCUUCUCCAGCUACUCGGACACCUUCAUGAGCCCCUCGGCUUCGAGCAACCACAUGAACCCAGUCAGCAAUGGCCUCUCCCCACAGGUGAUGAGUAUCCUGAGUAACCCCAGUGCCAUGCCCACUCAGCCCCAGCACGACUUCUCCAUCUCUCCACUCCACGGCAGCCUGGACUCCUCCAACCCCAUCUCGGCCAGCUGCAGCCAGCGCUCUGACCCCAUCAAGAGCGUGGACAGCCUGGCCUCCUCGCAGUCCUACUGCCCUCCCACCUACAGCGCCACUAGUUACAGCGUGGACCCCGUCACCGCCGGCUACCAGUAUAGCCAGUACGGCCAGAGUGCAGUGGACUACCUGGCUAAGAACGUGAGUUUGUCCGCCCAGCGGAGGAUGAAGCUGGGCGAUCACUCCGCUGUCCUGGGACUUCUGCAGGUGGAGACAGGACAGGCCUACUGAUCCCCACUGGACCCGACACAAGCGCUCAUAUUAACACACACAGCUCCGUCUCGGACCAGUCUCGGACCAGCCCAACAUCCUGGAAAUCUGGGAAAUCUUUUGAAAAAAAAAAAAAAAAACAGUACAAAACAAAAUAAAAAACUGGUCCAAUGUAACGUUACCCCAUUCCAGUUGCCGAGGCCAGCCUCAGAAUGGGUAGAAACGCCCUCAGCCACUCCAAUCAGUGACUGCUACGUUUAGCAUUCCUGUCUGUAUUUCCAUUAUGCUGUAAAUAGUUGUCUAUGAAUUCUGAUUUAAUUCAAAUUGAUAAUCUUUUUUUUUUUUGCUAUUGAUAUUGUUCUAAUAAUUAUCCUCUUCAUAGUUGUUGUAAUUACGAUGAUUGUACUUUUUUUUUUUUUGCUUUCCUAACAUAACAUGUCUGCACCAUUCUGCUCCUCCUCUUUCUCCUCGCCGAAGCUAAAAACAUCAUGUGAAAUGCUAGCUCUCGUGCUCUGCUAGCAUGCUAGCGUGCUGCUGAUGGUUUUUCACUUUCCCCACGUCCCGGAGCCCCAGUGCUCCUGAGCGAUUUGACCUUCACUUUCAUAUUUCACUUGACAUUCCAUACGAACUUGGCCACUCUGUGGGAAGUCUGGCUAAGUGCAUUCUGCUGGGAAUUAGCGUCGUCUUUUUGCAAGACAAAUGUUCUUUUCCCCACCCCUCCCAUGACCGUCCUGUCCUUAGCUGUCCUGGGGGAAAGGGCAUUGUCUUAGGAAAGAGGAUUUGGGGGGAAACAUUGUGCAUUUGAUGUUGUUUGUUAAGGCGGAAUCUAAGUCGCUAAACACUAGCCGCUAACACUAGCCCAUACCUCAAACUUAAAUUUGGUGUUUCUAAAGUUUGCUUUUUAGUCGGUAACCAUAACAAUAGAAGUAAUCUCAAACCUAAGCCUCGUUUUGAAGGAACAUUUGUGCAAAAUAACAGAAAUGCACAGGUCUCUACAGUUUGCUUUUUUCUUGCUAACACACGCUAGCCCUUGUCACAACCUCAAGCCUCAUUUUAAAAGAGAAGUCGCAUUGAAAAUAAUUCAAAAACGUACAAUUUUUUUCACUUUCUCCCAAAUUUGGAGUCUUUGAAUUUUGCUUCCUAGUCGCUAAACAAUAAAAAAAAUUCUCGGACACAAUUUUAGUGUUUCAAAAGUUUUUUAAUUCUUUUUAAUUGCUAACCACAACAUUAGCCCCUGACUCCAACUGAAGCUUCAUUUUAAAAGCACGGUUGCGCUAAAAAUAAUUCAAACAUGCCCAGUUUUCCACUUUCUCUGAACAUUUCUCCAUGUUUGGAGUCUUUGAAUUUUGCUUACUAGUUGCUAAACACAGUGUCGCAACCCUAAACCUUGUUUUAAAGAAACAUUGUGCAAGAAACUGCAAACACACAGUUUUCUACUUUUCCUAAAUAUUUGUUUUUCUUUCUAACCACAAUGCUAGCCCUUUUCCUUAAACUUAGGCUUCAUUUUAAAGGAACAGUUGCGCUAAAAGCUGAAUAUUUCUCAAGACAGGUUUGCUGUGUCUGAUGUUUGCUUCUUUGUCGCUAACCACAAUGCUAGUCCUUGCUUCCAAGUUGAGCCUUAUUUUAAAGGAUUUAAAACAAUUCAAACAUACGCAGUGUUCCACUUUCUCUGAAUAUUUUUCCAUGUUUGAUAUCCCUGAAGUUUGCUUCCUAGACGCUAAACACAACCUCAAACCCUUAAAACUCGUUUUAAAGGAACGUUCGUGCUGAAAACUAAACAAAAAGGCAAACGCAAACAGUUUUUAACUUUUCUUGAACCUGUCUCUAAGUUUAGCGUCUCUGCAGUUUUUGCUUUUUUUCUUGCUAAACACAACACUAGCCCUUACCUUAAAAUUAAGCCUCAUUUUAAAGAAACAUUCAGUGCAUCCAGCUUUUCUUCUUCAGUUUUCUCUGAAUAUUUCUGUGAAGUUUUUAGCUUUUAACUUUUUAACUUAGUACCGGAGCUAGAAAGCCAGUAUAAAGUUAAUGAACGCAAUUAGCAUAACAAGCAAUUAGCAUCACACAAACUGCAUGCCUGAACCAUCGCGAGCUCGCCUCAAAGCGUGUCGAGUUGAUAGGUAAUCUCAAAUAGACUUGCUUAUGUGGCUCCUGACACGGCGUGACACACUGUUAUCUAUAAAAAAUGGACGAAAUUCACACGUCGAGAUGAAAGAACACCUUUGCACAUGUGGAGUUUUGUGACCAAGUAUGAAUUUCUGGAGCAUUCCACUUUUUUAUAUAUUUUUUAUAAGCGGGUAACCCCCCCACACAACACACACACUCUUCACCCCCACCCUCUUUCAACGCUCCUGGGAAGCGUAUAGAGAGGCCCACAGGCUAUGGCAUUCACAUGCACUUUGGCAAAUCAAAUAAUCCUCUCGACCAGCUAAAGGGCACCGGUAGCGGCACAUCAAAUUCUCACUCAUAUUUCCAUUUCUCCUGCCUUUCUUUCAUUUCCUGUGGUGCCACUCUUCUACUCUCCUCUCUCUCUCACACACUCUCUCUCACUCUCUUUCUCUCUCUUUCUUUCUCCAUCGCUUUUUCUCCUCUCCUGCAUCAGCCAUCUAUAGAACCAACCAACCAGCCAAUCAGUCAGCAGGGCUUCUUUAAUUCUUUAAUUUAUCCUCUUCUCUUCUUUUUCACACUCAUGUACAAAAUCUGCUUUCUUUUUUUCUUUCCCUCCCUAAAUAAACUAGUGAAUUUUGACCUCUGUGUAGCCCUGUUAGAUCACACCUCAACACAGUCUGUUUAGUUGCUUAUAAAUGGAAUUGUACAGUAGACCAAGCAGAUUGUUUAUUGUUUGUUUAUAAAGAGUAUGUUUUAUACUAAAACAAAAAAAAUGAUGUUCAGUGGUAGAUGAAACAAGGGAUCUGCGUGAGUCUUCUAAUGUAUUUUUUUUUUGUUUUUGUUUUUAUUUUUUGGGGAUCUAAAGUUUAUGUGUUGCCUUUACUGUUUUUCUACUUCUUUGCUAUUGCUCGAUAUAUCGAUCGAUGUAUCACUUACGAAUAGAAAGAUACACUGACAUGCCAUAAGUCAUGGGACAGCUGUGAGUGAAAUGAAAGUUGUGAGGUGUGGUCUUGUGGUCUUGUUAGUGAGGGUGAACACUGGCCAGCAUGUUCAUUGAAAGGUAACAGCACAUUCGAUUUCUGAAAUUUUGCCACGUGUGUUUGGGGAAUGCAUCAUAAAAGGACACACACACACACACACACACACACACACACACAAGCCAAGUAUCCCACAAGCCAGUGCAGCAUUAUUUAGCUUCUGUGGGACAUGACAAAAGUCAUGGGACAUGACACAAUUCAUGGGACACAAUACUAAUCACAAUACUGACCCAUGGCAUGUGGCAUGUCAGUGUAAAGUGUAUUAUCUUUGAUUACUGUGGUAAAAUCUUGAUGAAAUAUGAUACAGAAUCCAUGCAUUCCCAAAUUUUCCAAACGAUUGUGGAAAAAAAACCCAUACUUUUUGGACGCUUCUUAAGCACCAUUAGAACCGAACAGAUGGAAUACGUGGAUCUCAUCCCUGACGGCAAACGGACAGAACGCUCUUCAUGAACUGAAAAAAGUGAAUCGCUCGUACUUUAUGAUGAAGGACUGAUGAAAAAAUGACUCAUAUCAGAAAGAAUGAAUCGUCUGCUGGACCAAUAAGACUGUGGAGGGAACACAGCCAUGCUUGGUGCUGCUGGGGUCGCCGGUGUCUCAAAGGACUGAGCAUAAGAACUCCUUUUAAAGGCCUCGGCGUGUAGUAAGACUUGUACUGAUGACAGCACUGGUCGAAGGAUGAUCCAUCUGCCCCCCCCCCCCCCCCCCCUUAUCCCUGAUUCUGAUCCUGUACAUUUUUACCAAGAACCUGAUUAAGGAACCUGACUAAAGUGCUUCAGGCAUCGACCACCCGUGGCUAACAUGCGUUAAUCAACAUUUGGAUAUUAAAAGUGCAUCACCUUCCCCCGACUCUGAGCCCCAGCCCCCCGACAGUUCUUAAACAUUUUGGUUAGGAUUUGUGUUUAUGCUUUCUUCCCUUUGGGUUCAGCAUGUGUGUGUACGUUCUCAUGGUAUAAUUUAUUCUGCUGUAUGACGUAGUAGAGUAGUGGGAAAAUUGUAUUUGGUAAUUUCCUUCAGCCUGUUGGUGUCUUUCCUGUAACACUGGCGUAAAUGUUACCAAUUAAAGCUCUUAAACAGA